AUGUCGGCGUAUCCCGUUGCCUACAAUGGCACGGGUGCAACGGGUGGUGAUUCCCUGACGGAAGACCUCAACAUUUAUUACAGUUCCGGGGACAUUGCUUGGGUGAUUACCUCCACUGCCCUGGUGCUAUUGAUGAUUCCGGGUGUCGGCUUCUUCUAUUCCGGUCUUGCUCGACGCAAGUCAGCUCUGUCGCUGAUCUGGCUCUCGAUAAUGUCGGUCGGGGUGGUAUCUUUCCAAUGGUUCUUCUGGGGGUAUUCGCUAGCCUUCUCCCACACUGCUGGAAGUUAUAUUGGAGACUUGCAGAACUUCGGUAUGAAGGGUGUGCUGGGAGCUCCUUCCGUGGGCAGCACUAAAGUUCCGGAUCUUCUGUUCGCCGUAUUCCAGGGAAUGUUCGCAGCUAUUACGGUGGCCCUUGCAGUCGGUGCCGUUGCUGAGCGCGGUCGCAUGCUUCCUUGCAUGGUCUUCAGCUUUGUCUGGACCACCAUCAUCUACGAUCCCCUCGCCUGCUGGACAUGGAACGCGUCCGGUUGGGUGUUCAAGCUAGGAGGUCUCGACUUCGCCGGUGGUACUCCUGUCCACAUUGCCUCCGGCUCUGCCGCUCUUGCCUACUCUCUCAUGCUCGGAAAGCGCCGUGGCCAUGGAACGCACGAGCUCAACUACCGCCCUCACAAUGUCACCCAUGUUGUCAUCGGCACAGUCUUCCUCUGGGUUGGAUGGUUCGGUUUCAAUGCAGGCUCCGCUCUGGCUGCCAACCUGCGCGCCGUGAUGGCGGCCGUUGUCACCAAUCUGGCUGCAUCGGUGGGCGGUGUCACCUGGUGUCUCCUGGACUACCGACUUGAGAGGAAAUGGUCUAUGGUUGGAUUCUGCUCCGGUGCCAUUGCCGGUUUGGUUGCCAUCACUCCAGGCUCCGGCUUCGUCACACCUUGGGCGGCCUUCAUUUUCGGCGUGGUCGGUGCUGUUGCCUGCAACUAUGCCACCAAGCUGAAAUAUGUGAUCCAAAUUGAUGACAGCCUGGACAUCUUCGCUGUCCACGGUAUUGGUGGCCUUGUUGGCAACCUUUUGACCGGAAUCUUUGCGGCUGACUACAUUGCUCAUCUCGAUGGCUCCACCGUCAUCGACGGUGGAUGGAUCAACCACAACUACGUCCAGCUCGGCUACCAGCUCGCCGACUCUGUCUCCGGCAUGGCCUACUCCUUCUUCGGCAGCUGCAUCAUUCUUUUCCUGAUCAACCUGAUCCCUGGUCUCCACCUGCGCAUCUCCGAGGAAGAUGAGAUCCUGGGUACUGAUGACGCCGAGAUCGGUGAAUUUGCCUACGACUAUGUCGAAAUCACCCGCGACGUCAUCGCCGGCACCAGCCCCGAGCACGCCGAGAGCUCUUCCAAGCGCAGCAUCACGCCCGCCGGCAACGAGGAGUCGGUAGAACUGAAGGCGUGA